AUGCAUACCACACAUCGAGCGCGUCGUUUUGCAUCCAAAUCGAGCAAAAAACGCCCGCAUUCAGAGUCUGAAAUCCUCGCGAUGAUCUGCUCACAAAUCGCCAUCCCAGUUCCCUCGGACAUCCCAGACGGCACGAACAACAUCGACGACAUACCGGAAGGCGUUUUAUACGGCGAGUUUAACGACCCAACGGCCGAGAGGCACUUGGAGACGCAAACGAAAGAGGAAAAAGAAAUCAUCGAAGAGUUGAGGGCAUUGGUUUUAGAGAGGGAAGAACCGAGAGCGGAGGAUCGGUUACCGCCGCUGGAACAUUUUUACCAAGACGCGAAGAGUUUAGAGAAGGAGAAACGGCAAGAGAGAGAAAAGAUAAAGCAAAUGGAGCAAACUAUGAACAGAGUGAAGAAAAUCGAUCGAUUCGGCGGGAGCGUCGGGACCGGGAAGAGGAAGACGGCGGUGGCGCAAGUUAGGAUUGUUCCGGCGAAAGGUAGUAAAGCAGGAGACGAGGAGGAGACAGAGGAGGAGGAGGAAGUGUUCGGGGAAAUCGUCAUCAAUGGGAAACCUCUGGACGAGUAUUUCCAAGACGUCAGUUUGCGGCAGCACGUCUUAGCGCCGUUUGCGGCGACGAACACUUUAGGAUUGUUCGACGUGCGCGUCCUCGUCCACGGCGGCGGCUUGAGCGGUCAAAGUCAAGCCGCUCGUUUAGGCGUGGCGAGGAGUUUACAAAAUUACGACCCGGCCUUUCGCGCGCAGUUGAAACCGCUUGGAUUUUUGACCCGAGACUCGAGAAUUGUGGAGCGGAAAAAACCCGGUUUGAAGAAAGCGAGAAAGGCGUUUCAGUGGGUGAAGCGAUAA